CACAGUCUAGUUCUAUUCUGCUGCAUCAAGCCCUGUAUGUCCUGGCUAAAAGGUGUCUGGAACAAGAAAGGUAUGAGGCAGCUGCUCAGAGAUAUGUGGACUUGCUGGCAGCUGUCCUGGAGGCACCAGUGAUGCAAGCACCAACACAGACUGGCAGCCCCUAUCCCUUGCUGGAUAUACAAACUGUGUACUGUGAAGCAGCACUUUCUCUGCUGAAGGCACACAGAUACGAGGACGCCAUAUCCAUCUGUGACAAACUGCUGACAAAAAUCCCACCUCACAACCAAUGGCAGACUGACUUGGAUCCACUCAGUCUAUCCCAUAAUGCUUUCAGCCAAUCCCAUGGUGCAGUGCAGACUUCCCAUGAUUCUUUAAAAUUUGAAGACUCUGUCCCCCCCUCAAGCAAUCGUUGUGACAGUGGAGAUGAUCUGUUUGAUUCAUACGAAGACUCUGAAGAGAGAACUUCUGGAAAAAUGAGUAAGAAGAGAGGGAGAGAACCCAGUGAGCAAGGAGGAAUGCAGAGUGUUAGAGAAAAUGUAGAGAUCUGCAACGGUAGAUUGAAAAGUGUUCUGCCGUUGAUGUACAAGGCAGAAGCACUGUACAGACUGGAGGAGUACCAAGAGGCAGUUGGCUGCUAUAAUAGGCUGCUGAAGAUGCUGUGCGAUAUCAUACCUGAGGAAUCUCAUACAGAUAAUAAGAUAUACAAGAGAGCGGAUUCUUCACAACCUACCCAGAAGAGAAGAAGAACUGAGGAAGGUUUUCUCCCUAUAGUUCCUGAUAGUGGCUCUACUUCAGAGGUGUCAGAGGUCAGAAGAAAACUACUGACGAUGAAGGCAGAAGCUUAUCAGAAUAAGGGCUUGAUUCUGAUUGGUCAGGACAAACUACCGGCCGCCCUCCAGUGCCUGAGGCUUAGUGUACAAUCUAAUCCAGACAGUACGGUUGCCAUGUACAACCACACCCUGUUGCUAUGGAGGAUGGGGAGGAGGAGGGAGGCUGCCCACAACUGGCUGCAGUACCGAGGAGUGGACACCAAGCUGGACAGUUUGCAGCUGGCCCACCUGCUCAGGCAGAAGGAGCAGGCAAUCUCAACUGUAUCUGAUGAUGCAGCAGAAGGCAUCUCAGACAGGCACCUGGCAAUGUUGGACAAGGCCACCCUCCAACAGCUGAUGGACUCGAGGACCCCUCAGAGGGGCUGGGGCAGUUCUGCCACUCUGCCUUGCUCAGGUCUGUUCUGA